AUGUCCGAAUGGGUCUCUACUUUCCCCGGAUAUAGUCUGCUCAUGUCGCGGAUCAAAAAAGUCAUCGGCAGCGUCAGCCGCACGGGCCCUGUCCCCCGUCACAUUGGACUCAUUAUGGAUGGCAACAGAAGAUUCGCCAAAAACCACCAGAUCGAACUCAAAGAGGGCCACAACAUGGGGUUUGACAGUAUGGCGGCCGUUCUCGAGCUCUUGUACGAGUCCGGCGUUAGUUGCGCGACCGUUUAUGCAUUUCUGAUUGAGAACUUCAAAAGACUGAAGACUGAGGUGGACUGGUUGAUGGAUUUGGCGAAAUCCAAGCUCAUGCAGAUCAGCCAGAACGGCGAGCUUUGCGAUAAGUACGGUAUCCGUGUGCGGAUCUUGGGCAACUUUGCCUUUCUUCCUGAUGAUGUCAACGUAGUCCUAAAAGACAUCAUGCAUACCACACGCAAGAACACGAGGGCCACCCUCAACGUAUGUUUUCCGUAUACUUCUCGUGACGAGAUGGCCCAUGCCAUAAGGACAACCGCAGAGGAUGCGAAUAAGGACUCUGGCUUGGAUGUAGAUGAGCACACUCUAACAGACCAUAUGUACACUGCCGGGCUGCCUCCGCUAGAUCUUCUCAUCCGUACCAGUGGAACGUAUCGUCUCUCUGACUUUUUGUUGUGGCAGUGCGUGCCGUCACUGUGUGCCAUUGUCUUUAGCGAUAGGCUUUGGCCCGAGUUUACACCAUGGGACAUGACCAAGAUCCUAUUCAUGUGGAGCUUCAACAAAUAUUGGUACGGCCAUGGAAACGGGCAGACAAUGCGCCGCGUUGUGGACGAGCCCCUGGUGCGUGCCAUGGACCGGACCGACCUGGCUCAGUCGCUGUGGGAUUCCGACGCAUCAGCCUCGCCCACUGCUACAUCUACAGGAUACAAAGUGUAUGCGUCUUCGCCCAGCGACGCCAGUGAUAUCACUGCAGCUUCUGUUGUCUCCUAG